AGAAGGACCCCCUCAUUAACGACCUGAGGCAGACGGUGUACGAUCUGAAGAUUCCCCUUCAAAAUAACUUCGAUGAGCUAUCGUAUGCGCAAUUCUAUCGAUGCGGUGGUCUUUGCCUGGAUGCUUGUGCCGCCCUAGGUAUGGCUCAUGAGACCAUCCCAGAAAUCUAUCGCAAGCUCUAUAUGCUUGCGUUGAGUCAAUCCGACGCGAUCCGUGCAUACUACUUCAUGCACAAAGCUCUUGAAUGGUAUGGUAAGUACCUACACGGCGGCCAGGCCAAGAAGCUCAUGCAAAUGAUGAGAAAGGUCUUGCUGAAUGACACCCACGAGCAUGCCGUCGCUAUCAACGGAUAUUCCUAUCUUGAAGAUUUCGACCGGGAACAACCCGAAUUGGAGGAGCUGAUGUUCAUGAUGCGGCAUAGAUCAGAUGACCAGACGUACUAUUGUUUGCACAUUGUCGAUGGCAAAGUCGAAGAGCUAUCUGCCCGUAUCAACAGCUUGGUUCAGGAAAGAGCGGCGCAGGCAUUGUUGCGACUCAACGACAUCGAAGCCAUGCGGCGCGCGGAAGAGAUUGCCCGGGAGGAAGCGAAGAAAAAGAAGGCCGAAGAACUUGCCCGAAAGAUGGCGCGGGAGGAAGCACAGAAGAAGAGUGUCGAAGAACUUGCCCGAGAGAUUGAGGGCGUCUCCGAAGACACGCCCAGCAAGAAGAAGAAGAAGUCCAAAUCCAACAAGAAGAAGACAGCCACAUCAUUAGAGCAGGGCAGCUCCUCAACGAACCCGACCAACUCGACUGCUGAGCAAGGAAUUGAAAUGCCCCUGAUGGAUACCGAUGUUGUCGAACAUACCCGGAAGAAAGAGGUCGCGGAUCUCGAUAGUCCAGGUGUCGUCGUCACCGAAAAGGCGGGUAUGGCAGAGAAGCCUGAACCCAGAUCGCCUAAUAGCCGUCAGCAAGGUUUUCAAGUUGUCAACACAGUCAUAGCCGACUCCCCUACCAACACUGCGAUCACAGGCGACAGUGCGAAAACGAAGAGCGACCCCCAGUUCGCUGAUGAUAAGGCCGCCUCGGAGAAGCAAGUUCUUCGCGAUGCCCACUCACCCAAUACCCUGAAGACCGAACAGAAAUCUCCUACAACUUGUCCGCGAGACUUUGAAGUUGUCAAGAUUCCCAGACACGAAGCUCCUACCAGGACUGUAAUCACAAACGGGAGUGCAAGAUUGGAAGACGAUCGUCAAGUCGUUGGUGACAAGACCGCCCCAAAGCAGCGAAGUCUUCGCGUUUCCAACUCACCUGGUUCUCGACACGAUCCAAAACCUACCUUCAAGGUAACGCCAGGCGCCUCUACCACUCUCGACAGUCCAGCUGAAGCUGCAAGGUCCACCGGAAGCAAACACAGCAAUAGUGUGGUCGCUCCAGGCACAAGCUCGCGUCCUGCCUCCACUCGAGCUCCCAAAAAGACUCUGCCAAUUCCACAGCCCCUUGUCGAGCCAGCCUUGCCCCAGUCUCUCACUGUUUCGUCCACCACGACCAUCGAGCCAACCGCUGAGCCGCCGAUGAUGCCAAAUCCCCUCUACGACCAAGAAGGAGAGGGCUGGGACAUUGUUGGUUCUCACAGAACGCAGAAACAACAAGCCAAGCUCAGUCGCCCUGCCCCUGCUCCUGUGCGGCGUGAGGUCUCAACACCCCACUUUACCCGCCCAGCAGAGGCUUCUCAAAACCGCAGCACGCCGACCAUGCGGGUCCGAGGUAAAAAUCGGGGACAGGGUCUGCGACUUAAGUUCUGGAGGGAGAGGGCUAAAGAACUCGAAUCCAGGAACGCUUUUCUCGAGGCCGUCGCCGGAAUUGUGGCCGAGGAGGACGCCUUGGCUGAGCCCUGGGUGUGCCCGUUUGGCGCGAAGGACGGCGUCAGCAAACAAGCCUGGCUUGCCUCCGAUGGCAGCAAGGAGGCCCUGCGUCUCAACCCACGAGACGUGGGUCACCUCCUUGCGGCCAAGGAUGGCAUCGGUGCGCGUCUGGAAGGGUUUAUGCUUCGGGCACGUCGGGACUCUGCUUGUGGUCGUCUUCAAGGCGACAAGGCGUUUGUGGACCGUGGUCGCCUUCGGGCACAUUCCUUCGGGAAUGACGCCUCGAAAGAGGACGUUUUGAAGCUGGCGGAGGUCAGAGAGAGCAAGGAGUUUUGAACUCUGUUGUUGGGGCGGUGUCUUGGUUUGUGUUGGUUGUCUGGUUGCUUGGUGCGGUGGUGGUGCGCGCUGCCCUCAAUGGGCGUAUGUUUAGAGCGUUUUUGUUUGUUUG